AUGAAUCAAAAAAAAAAAAUUAUAGGAAUGUAAAAUAAACAUUAUCAACCUGCUUUACACAUUUUGGAGGUUGAUUUUUAAUAAAAUCUAUCACAGGAAGGUAUUAUUCAUAGAAGAUGAUUUACCAAGUUAUAAUAAUAAAAGCUUAAGAGGGCAUUCAUUUAUUAUAACUUUCAAAACAUCUUCUCCUUAAGAAAUCAGUUAAGGAAGCAUAUUUGUUAUCAACAAAAUGGUUAAAAACCUGGAAAAUACAUGUUGGAUAUGAUGCUAUUUUGAAAGGUGAAUAGCCUGGAGGUAAGGGAUAUGGAAGACAAUAACUUUGGGAGAUUAAUAAUGAUAUAAUAGAGAACAAAGAAUUAUUUCAUGCUGCACCAGAAUUAUAUGAUUAUUUAGAAACUCCUUUGAAUGAUGUGUAACCUUUUAAAGAUUAUAUUCUCAUUACGUUAGAAGCUUGGAAAUUCUAUUAUUAAAAAUACACAGGUACAGCAAUAAGGAGAAUAGCAAAUGAGUAAGGAGAGUUCUAAUUGAAGAUUAUAAGUGUAAUUAUUAAUUUAUAUAUAAGCCUAAUGUAAUUUUUAUGACUUAAGAGAUAUUGAAUGAGAUUUAUUCACUUAAUUAAAAUUUAUCAAUUAAUUCUCUUGAUUUGUUGAAAAUGAGAAAAGUUUAAAUUUUUAGUGAUUGGAAAUUUGGAGAAUUAGAGACAUUUUGUUAAUAAAUAAUGUAGAGUAAAGAUAUACAAAUUUGGUUAAUGAAUCCUUUUUAUGAAUAAAAUUAGAUUAAAUUAUAAUUGAUAAAGACAAUUCAUUAAAAUAACAAUAUUUUGUUGGGUGAAUAAUUAGUAAAAGCAGAAUAUUAGGAAUUUUAAUUAUCACAGUUUAUAAAAAAUCAUUUUAUUUUAGUAGUAUUUUAAAAUAAUGUUUAAUUAUCUUAAUUGAAUGUUUAAAUUGAAUUAAAUUAAAAUGGAUGUUGUUUUACAUGUGGAUAAAAGACUUUCUUGAAUUAUUAAUGUUUUUGCAAAAAAGUAUUUUAUUGUAGUGAAAUUUGUAAAUAUAAAGAUUAAGAAUUUCAUUCAAGAUAAUGCACAAAAGCAUAUGAUUCAUAAGAUGAUGAAGAUUUUGAUGCAAUCAAUUAUGAAACUAUUUCUAAUAAAUAAGGAGUAGGAUUAAUUAAUUUGGGUAAUACUUCUUAUAUGAAUUCAUCUUUAUAAAGUAUCUUUAGUUCAACACAUUUUUAAGAAUUUUUUUCAAAUAAAUAAUAUUGGACUUAAAAUACUAUUAAAAGAAAUAUUCCAUUAAAUUACAAAUUAGAAAAACUUUUAAAAAAUCUAUUAAGUCAAAAUGAAGCAGUUUCACCAUUUCGUUUCAGAUAGCAAUUAGUUAAAAAAUAUCCAUUUGUAAAAAUUAAUAAUCAUAAAUUAGUUUGGUAAUGAUUUCUAAUAAGAUGCUGCAGAAUUUAUAUUAUAUCUUUUUGAUACAUUAAAUGAAGAAUUGAUAUAAAAUGAUGAUAAAUAGAAACUAAAAUCUUAAUAAUAAUUAGAAUUUGGAGAUGGUAAUUAAUUAGAUUUUAAAUUAGUAAAUACUUAUAAUGAUGAUGAAAGUAGAGAAGAAAAUGGAAAUUAAAAAACACAAUGGAUAAAAUUCCAUAAAAAAAUACAAUAAAAUGUAAAUUAAAUUCUUAACUUUAGUAAAUUAAUAGUGAUAAUUAUGAAUAGGCUGUUGAAUAAAUAUAAAAAACAAAUAGUUAACUCAUUCUUAAGAAUUACUUAGGAAUUACUAAAUCUGAAAUUGAAUGUCCAAUCUGUCAAUAAAAAACAUAAAGUUAUGAAUCCUUUUAUAUAUUACCACUCGUUUUAAAUGCUACAACUUCUUAAUCAUAAAAUUAAAUAGAUGUAUUUGUUAUAUCAAAUGAUUGGUAUCAACCAUAUAAAAAAAUUGUUUAUGAAUAUCUACCAAAUUCAACUUUGUUAUUAGAAGUGAAAAGAGAUAUAGGAGAAUAGUUAGGCAUUGAACCAACAACUUUAUUAGGAGCAUUUUGUCUUAAUAACAAAAUAGAUAUGUAUUUAUUUCAUGAUGAGGAUCUUCUUGAGAAAAUCCUUUAUUAUAAUUAAAAUAGUUAUUUUUGUUUAUUUUAAUUAGAUCAGAGCAUUUAUUCAAUAACUGAUGAAGAUUAAUAUUUUGAUGUGAUGAUCUAUUCAAAUGAAAAAAGUAAUGCUUUCUCCAAUCAAUGUUAAAACAUAAGUGCAACCAUUCCAAAGAUUUUAAUAAUCAAGAAAUAAUUUACUGCAACUCAAAUAUAUCAAUUAAUUUGGAAAAAACUUGGACAAUAUUCCAAAUCUGAAUAAUUAAUAGAUAUCUAAAUAGAUAAACCUUAAUUAGAAAAUCUAUUAAAUUAAUAACAACUCUAAGAAAUUUUGAAUUAUUAGAUUUUCAUUCAAACUAGAUUACCAUCUAAAACAUUUUGUCCAUUUACAUGUGGCUAAUCAUUUAACAAAGAUUAAAAAUCUCAUUAUUGUUAAUUACCUUACAAUAAUUCAACUACUUUAAAAGAUUAUUUGCAUAAAAUAAAUUAUGCCAAUGCCAAUACUUCAAUAUCAAUAGAAUUUAUAGAAAAUGCCAUACCAAAGUCUUUAAAAAUAGAAUUUGAACCUUAAACAAAUUAUCGUCAAUAAGAUGAAUGUAUAAUUAUAUAUAGAUUAAAUAGCAUUAAAUUUAAUAAAUUUGAUUAACAAUUUCUAAUCUAUUGAACCUUUAGUAGAUGAAAAUGCUUAUCAUUGUACCAUUUGUAAUGAUUUAACUUUCGCUAUAAAAACAAUGAGUUUGAAAAAACUUCCAGAUUAAUUGAUUAUUCAACUUAAAAGAUUUUAAUAUGAUGAACUUUGGGGAUUCUAAAAAAACAAUAUUUUAGUAACAUACUAAGAAACUAUAAUGAUAAAUUAAAUAGACUAUGAAUUAUAUGGUGUUGUAUAACAUUUUGAAGGAUUAGAAAAUGGUCACUAUAAAGCAUAUGGAAAAAGAUAAAAGAAAUGGAUAGAAUUUAAUGAUUAAUCAACAAAAGAAGUAUAAAUAAAUGAUGUAAUAAAUGAUAAGAAUGCUUACAUAUUAUUUUAUUAGUAAAAAUGA